AGUUUUACAUAGUGAGAGAAAACAAACAUAGUGUUUAUCUCGUUAGUUACGACUUCUGAAUCUAUAAGAUCAUGUAAUUCGUCUCCUCUGCCUCAGUUAGUUUGUUCGUGCUUGCCUUUUUUGAUAAUCGAUCAUGGCUUUUCAAGUAGAAGGAAAAUACGCCCUCAUUACUGGAGGUGCCUCAGGUCUAGGUUUGUUAUACGCAAAGGAAUUGUUACGAAAUGGACUUAAGGGAGUUACACUUGCUGAUAUGAGCGAGGAAUUUGGAGAGAAGGCUUUGAAGGAGAUUGAAGAAGAAUUUGGUCCAGAUAGAGCCAUAUUUGUCAAGACCGACGUUGUUGACUAUCAGCAGUUUGACAAUGCUUAUCAGAAAACCGUUGAAAAAUUCAGGAAUAUUGAUAUUCUCAUAAACAACGCCGGUAUUUUGAAUGACGCUGUUUGGGAAAGACAAAUUGCGAUAAAUAUAAACGGUACCAUCCAUGGAAUUCUUUUGGGGCUCGAGAAAUAUUUUCCAAAAUACAAGCAAGGAACCGAAGCACUCAUCGUCAACAUUAGUUCCACUGCGGGUCUUCAAGGAUACGCCCAUAUUCCCGUUUAUUGUGCAACCAAACACGCUGUAAUAGGACUGGGUAGGGGCUGGAGCGACCCCUUUCUCUACGAAAGAACCAAGGUCCGGUUCAUCACUGUCUGUCCAGGAGUUACUCUGACCCCGUUGAUUUUCGAUAUGGGAGGCAGGAAUAUGGGAGGAAUAUAUGAGGAGUUCCUUCAGAAGAAUGGCGAAAAAUGGGUUUCUCAAGAACCUGACCACAUGGCGAAGGAAAUGGUCAACAUCAUCAAAAAUGCUUCUAAUGGAACUAUUUGGGUGGUGGAAGGUGGAGACCCAGCUUAUGAAUACAUUCCAGCAGAAAGGAGGGGAGUAUUGAGCAAAAAAUA